AUGUGGAAGAAACUAGGGCUGCCGAAACCCAUCCCUUCUGACAGUGACGAUGAAGCGUGGGACGCACCUCCACCAGCCACCACCAGCACCGAAACGCCACCGGCUACUGAACCAGCGACCGGACGCACCGACUCACCGGCCGCCCAGACAUAUCGCCGGCAAAAGAAACGGCAAAGAACGCCGCCGCCACCAUCCACCAUAGCCCCGACGGCAGACCCUACGGGCAAAAAGCUACCUGACGCCACCACUUCCUCCGGCUACAGCCAGAAACGGCCAAGAACACAGUCGCCAUCAAGAUCAGACCCAGAGCCAGAACCUGCCAUUCAUCCCGCAGGAAAUAAAGAAAGCGAUGUGCCCACUGAUGCGCCCACGGACUUGCCAAGCGCUAUGGCCAGCGAUUUGCCUAGCGAUUUGCCUACUGCUCCCACAAUUGAUGUGCCUACUGAUGCGCUCACGGAUCUGCCAAGCGCUAUGCCAAGCGUUGAUGCGCCCGCUAAUGUGCCCACUGAUGCGCCAACUGAUUCCACCAACGAUGUGCCCAACGCUGUGCCCAGCAAUGUGCCAAGCGCUAUGCCCAGCGAUGUGCCCACCGAUGCGCCCAUGGACUUACCAAGUGAUGUGCCUAGCGAUGUGCCCACAGACACACUAAGUGAUAUGCCCAGCAAUUUGCCCAGCGAUUUGCCUAGGCCAACACACCCAGAUCACAUCGUCAAAUCACUGACAUUCAACAAAAUUUCUGAGCGCACCAGGCUGCUUAAAGUUUCAUCCCUACCAUAUCACCCAGGAAUUCGGCAUAGCCAUAGGCAGUGA